AUGGGCACGCCCGUCGAGAGCUCACCUGAGCGAACGAGUCUUGCGACGCACGAGCCCUCCGAGCGGAACUCGGUGAAGGACGCGGACGAGCUCUCCCAUCCAGGCCGGGGCGGAGCUCCCGACUCUCGGACCGAUCCCGCCAUGCUCGGGUCGGGCGCGCGCCUCUCCUCCUUGCUGUUCCUACUCUGUGUGUCCGGUUCGGGGGCGUGCGGGCCUCAACGGUCCCCGCCGCCGACGCUCGGCGUGGACAGUCUGAGGCUCCAGCUGGUGGAGGCGCUCAAGACGGGAAUCCUCAGCGCGCUGGGCAUGGCCAAGGAACCCGAGCUCACCCAAAAGGCAUCCCGGCGAGAGUUGAGGAGGACGUAUCGGCUGUACCGGGAGUUGAGAAGAAACGUCAGCCGGCCGACGGGAGUCGCCGCGUCGACGCUGCUCUUUCCGGCUGCGGUAAGAGCAUCUCAGGGGAAAGAUGGCUUGCCACCCGGCCAACGCACGCAGCGGUUCCGAGCUGCUUUCCAGAAGGACCCAAACGUCCCGCGCGAGGCCGUUCCUUCCCCGGCUGCGCUUCGGCUUCCCAUCCAAGCGACGCGAGUCCAGUCCCACAUAAGGACGGCCAUGGCCGUAGCGAAUCCUCGGCCCCGGCGCUCCGACGGGGACGAGGAGUGCAACCGACAAGAAUGGUGCUGCCGUAAGUCGGUCAAGGUGUCGUUCGGAGACCUGGGCUGGACCGAUUGGAUCGUGGCCCCGACCGAGUACACCAUGCACCUGUGCGACGGCGCCUGCCCGCACAACUACAAGCCGGCCAGCAUGCACACCCAGCUCAAGUCUCGCCUGCACCAGAUCACAAAGGGCGGCUCGCCUCGGCCGUGCUGCGUGCCGGCCUCCUACGAGCCCCUGGUCCUCAUGUACUAUGACGCCGGGGGCCAGUUGAAAGUGGCGCCUUUUAGUGACCUCAUAGUCACCAAGUGUCACUGUGCCUAAGGCCGCCACCCAAACCAACGAUGCGCUCAUUUUUGAUCUUUCUUGGAACGCCGUAUUUAUUCCAACUUGUAUUUAUUGUCCCACUCUGAAACUAGAGCAAUGUCUAAACUGCUCACGCUGUUUAGCACCCAGGACGUUGACUACCCGUCCAUCAGUAGAGCUGCGCUCCAAAAAAACUGGGACUGAUUUUUAUGAGCAACAUUUUCCACGUCGGGCAGUGACUUUGUGACAGCUCGAGAUGAAGCCAUUAUGGUCGAUUGUGCACUCUGGACUGUAGACAAAUUGUUAUCUAGCUUCGUAACCUUUGAAGAAAACCUUGUUGGAGUCGCAGCCACAGGUUGUGUGAAGCAUAUUGGUCCUAUUUAUAAAAGAUGUUUGAUGUUUUACCACUGCAGUAAGAACAGUUCAAUAUGUCCGGUCAAAAAAGUCUUUAUUUUACAUUAAAUAGAGAAAAAAAUGUAUUACUGUAUUGAGAAGUGAAGUCUAGGCAGAUGCUGUAUAAAAAUAAAAAAAAUCAAGUAGACCAUUGAUGCUCUAUGAAAUGCAGAAAUUGUUUUUCAGUUCAAAAGGCUGUCAUUAUUAAAUUUUCUUCAAA